AUGGAGCUGGUCGGAGAGCCGCUCACGGCGGAAAACGUAGAGAUCGCUCUGAAUAUGCUGUUCGGUGACAUGUCGAAGAAAGCGAUUGUCGGUCAGAACGAGUUCAAGAUGCCGGCGACCGAUAAAGCGACUAGAAAAACGAAAAACGGAUAUUGGCUUUUUAUUUUUGGACAGGUGGACCCAACGCUCGAUUGGGCUGCACUCAUGGAGGUUGACUCCUUGGAGUGGACCGUUGAGUUCGACUCGUUUGAGCUUCCCUACUUAAAAAUCCUACCCAUGGGACAAAACCUUAAAAAGGUGAAAAACCAAUUCUAG